AUGUCCGGACACCGUAUCCGGUGGGAUCUAGGACCGGGUGACCGACAGGCACACAGUGCCGCGACCUCUCGUGCGGCACCGUCACCUCUCGGCGCUCCAGCUCUAGAUGGAGCUCCAGAAGCCGACCCCCAUGUCUCUGAGCGGUCGUCCCGUCCCGGGUCAGUUCGUGUGGACUUCCCGGCGCCCACGCCCGACGACUUUGCCCCUUCCGUGCCGCAGGAAUUUCCCGGUCUGUUCUGGGGCCGCAACUUCCCGCUCGCGGAGCGUCCGUCUGUUUUGGACGCCAUCAGACGCCUCCCGCACGAGUCCAUCGUUGGGCAAUUCGCGCGUGGCGCCUGCAACCUGCUGCCCUCCCCUGCCGGCGCGGCGAACACAGAAGCCACGGUAGAUAAACCCUGGCACGAGGCCAACGCCCGCUGGAACCAGAAUCGGCACACCACGGUCCAGCUGGAGUGGAUGGAUGAGCGGAGCAAUCACAUCGUGACGUUUGGGAGGGCUCAACUCCACGAGGACCAGCUGGAGACCUUCAUCCGACACGACACGGGACGAACGAUGACGCGGAGGACGGGCCUGGUGACCGAUGCCGACGUCGGGCGCGAGGUGUGGCGCCGUCUGAACUGCAUGCCGUCUCUGGUGACACCGGCUGGCUCCGGUGCUGCUGGGGGCGCACUUACGCUCCCUGCUCCUCCUCCUUCGCUCUCCGCUCGACCUGCGGAUCCCCCGCCGGCGGCACCGCCCCAAGUGGGAGCAUAUGCUCCAGCACCAGAUCUAGCACCAGCUCCAUCCCCAGCAGAAGCUGCUCGCGCCGUGAGGGGGCGGUCAAUGAGGCGCAACCAGCUUGACCGGGCGGUGGACCGCACCGACCAGCAGGAUUUCUACUAG